UGCAUCAUCCAGUUCCCUUGUUUUGAGUCGUGUUCACUGUGCGUGCAGUUCUGAGCUCUUGUACUGAGUUGUAACCAGUGUCAAUUAUUUGUUAAAAAUUCAAUUGUUGCAGUUUUCACUAUUCAUUCCAAAACAAAAGUUACACCAAUCAUCUUUUGAAUUAUUUACGACAAAUAUUGGUUUUAUGACUGAAAAGUAAGCAGUGUUUUCUUGGACAGUAUCUCCAAGAUAUAUGUGAUAUGCCCUGACUUGUGUGAAUGAACUGACCAGUGAAGAACUAGAACUUUUAUUAUGGCGAAGCAACAGUCAUUCAUACUCCGAUUUAAGUGUUUCAUGAGUGUGUGUGUGUGUGUGUUAAAUGCAAAGACAUGUACCUGCACAGAUUCUCUCUACAUAAGAAAAUUUGCUGGAUCCCUUCAAGCACCAUAAACGAUUUGUUUCAUCUGGACUGUGUGAAAUUAGUUUAGAAAAGGCAAAGACCUUCAAAAUGAGAGGCUUUAACAUUAUUCCUGGGGAGAAAAUGUGCCCAACCUGUAUCAAAUAUAUUAAUGAAAAACAAGCAAGCGACAACUCAUCACCAGACUAUAUAAAUGACAGUAAUGUGAAGGUGCAGACUCCUGAAAAAUCAGUGCUCAAUACUAGCUUAACUAGCUUAGGAGUACCUCCUGCAAAGCUGAAUUAAGUUGCCCGGCAUAGUUGGUAUGCAGCAGCCAAACAAAAAUUGGAAUCAGCAGCUAGGGCUCUGAAAACUAAAAUUUCACAUACAUAUUAAUUUGAGCUGGCUGAUAAUGAAGCACUGUACCUGACAGUGAUUUAACAGAACUGGGAGAAAAGGCAAAACAUCAUGAUGAACUCAUGGACGAUAUCAGACAUAAAACUGAAUAUGCAAAUAAUCAUGAAAAAAAUCAGUUACUUACUCUUGUACCGCCAACUUGGUCUCGAAAGAAAAUCAGUUCCAAAUUUCAGGUUUCUGAAUAUUUGGUACGACAAGCAAGAGCUCUUUUAAUGGAGAAGGGUAUUUUAUUGAUGAGUGAGCAGAAAAGAGGAAAGACAUUGCCACAUGAUACAGUGGAAAAAGUAAAGAGUUUUUAUUUGGAUGACAAAAACAAUAAUAAUGCCUGGGAAAAAGACAAAGUGAGCACCAGCAAAAAUACCUGCGAACAAAAACAUCUUGUUUUAAGUGAUUUAACUGGACUGUAUUCUCUCUAUAAAAAAAAGUAUCCUGAAGACAAAGUAGGAUCCUCAGAAUCUGCCUCUCUUCCACCAAAACAGUGUAUACUUGUAGGAUCAUGAGAAACACAUACCGUAUAUGUGUGCAUUUACCACCAAAACAUUUAAUUGCUUCUAAAUUCCAUUUCUAUUAAAAAAACAUACCAAGAUCUAAUUAAAAUAACAACAUGUGAUAUAAAUAACUGACCCUGUAUGCUUUGUCUGUAUGGAAAAUUCCCUACCAGUUCAUUGCUUCAAACCCACUUAGAAAACGAAACAGAAGACUACAAUCCUGAUGAGAUGGCUCAGUACAGUCAAUGGGUAUCAACUGAUAGAAUGACUUUAAGUGUUCAAAUCAUGUCUCUAUCAGAGUUCUGUAACAUACUAAUUAACAAAAUUGAAAAACUUACUCCACACUGUUCUAUUUCUCAAUCACAAUCUGAUUAUCUGAAAAUGAAGAGGGAAACACUUGAUGAAGGGUCAGUGUUAAUUUUAAUGAAUUUCAGUGAAAAUCUCAAUUUUGUUGUUCAAGAUGAAGUACAGGGGUAGCACAGGAACAAUGGCAACUGCACUCUUGACACUGUCCAUAUACUUGUAUAUUACAAAAAGGACAAACACUUGCAUGCAAAAAGUAUUUGUGUUGUUUCUGAUGAUCUAGAACAUGAUGCGUAUUAGACUCAGAAGAUUGUACUGAAUUUUUUAAGUAUGAAUUUCCAGAAACUCAUCUUGAUAUGUUGAAUAUUUCACUGAUAGUUGUGCUGCAUAAUAGAAAAAUUGUAAGAAUUUCAGAAAUAUCUGCUACCAUGAACACGACCUCAACAUAAAAUGCAGCUGGUCCUUUUUUGAUACCAGCCAUGGCGAAUCUCCCUAUGGUGGUAUUGGUGGCACUGUUAAAAGACUUGUCACAAAAACAAGUUUGCAAAGAGUUUAUAAAGAUCAAAUACUUACAGCUUCACAGAUAUUUGAAUUCCGUCACAAGAACCUGCAAGGCAUUUCAGUUCUCUUUGUUUCAAAAGAUGAAAUGGUACAAGUCAAACAUUAUCUUUCUCAGCACUUGCAGUGCAAAAACAAUUCCUGGAACACGAUCUAUGCAUCACAUUGUACCAACAUCACCAAUGAAGAUUGGAGCAAAAAGGCUGACCUGUGAUACGGAUUUUAGUAUUGUGCAUGAUUUCUCAGAUGCACUUCUGCCACAAAUGCCAGAAUGCAUUGUGCAGCCCAACUGCUAUGUUGCAUAUGCAUAUGACUCUUCUUGGUAUUUGGGAAUUGUUGAGAAGGUGAAUUGUGAAGAAGGAGAUGUUACAGUAAGGUUCAUGCAUCCUCAUGGACCAUCCCCAUCCUGUUAAUGAUGUUUGUCUCAUAUUCUGUUUGAAGUUGAUAUCACCACAGCAACAGGCCGUACUUAUUCUCUGAGCAAAGAGUCCUCAAAGUUGGUGGAAGAAAAGUGGUUCUCAUUCAAAAACUAUUAUCUAAGCAUCAAAGUGUCUUGUCACAUGUGUAGUUCUGAAUCAACUUGAAUGCAGAUUGCAGCAUCAGCAUUUUGUGCAGUGUUCAUAAUAUCGGCUUUUGACAAAAUGUUUAAAUAUUAUAAACAAAAUGCUAUGUAUUUUUACAUUGAGUUAAUUUGGUUAUGGCAGAGGUAAGAAAGUGUUCAUAUGUCAUGUAACAUACAAAUAGCCCUAUAUUUUAUAAUGUGUAAUUUUGUUUCAUAUAUUGCAAUUUUUGUUCAA